AUGCUGCUACUGGGGCCCGCGUGGCUCCUGAACCCCAAUGCAGCCGGAGGGAAGCAAUUAUGAAGCCGUAGACAUUGGCAGGGAGAGUGGCCUCGAAUGGAUUUCCACUCCAAACCUCACUCACCCCGAGGCCUGGAGCCCAGGCUGAAGGUGGAGCCGAAGGCCAGGAAAAUCGGCCGGUCGCUCUCUUCAGGUUGCCUCUCGAGCCAGGCCCAGGCCCCGGCCCGAUGGGAGCGAGCGGCUUUGGUUUUCCGAGGCCGAUGA